GCGCAUCAUUAUUUGCUGUGCUUCUAUACAACUGUCCAGUAGAGGAGUGGAAGAGGUGGGUUGUUUAGUUUGAGGAAGGAAGCUUCUUGCAGGAAAAAGCAAAUAAAGGACCUAUAAUUAACUCCGAGGGCUCUUCCCUUCUUUUUUUGUUCCUCUGAACCUACAUUGACGGUCGGUUUUGGGAAGGGAUUCCGCAUGUUUUACUGAAAACAUGGUGGACUGUUGUUGAAAACGUAACUAUUUCGAAUUCUGGUAGAGUAUAUGAACUCAUGCACUCUUAGUCUCACCUAUUGAGCUGUUUAAAUUAGUUUAGCUGGAUCAAUAUUUAUGCGUUUGGGACCGCCUGGAGCCCUGCAGUGUUCCUGUUGGUAGCAGUUUAGGUUUGGAGGACAGUGAUGGAGGACAACGACAUCGAGCAGCAGGAGCCGUUCCCCGUGGACCGAGAUGGGCGGCGGCUCCAGUUCACAGAGGACCAGCCCGACGGCAAAAGAAAGAUCGGAUGUUAUGAGAAGUUCCAUCUGUUUGUCUCCAAAUGGAUGCUUCCAGAAGACUCCCGCAGCAAAUACCUGGAACGAGCCAACUGCUGCCCUCCCCCCAUCUUCAUCAUCCUCAUCAGUAUUGCAGAGCUGGCAGUGUUUAUCUACUACGCUGUGUGGAAGCCCCAGAAGCAGUGGGUGACCCUGGAUGAAGGCAUCUGGAAUAGCCCCCUAACAUACAAGCCUGAGCUCAGGCAGGAAGCAUGGCGCUUUAUCUCCUACAUGUUUGUCCACGCUGGGGUGGAGCACAUCGUGGGGAACCUGGUGAUGCAGCUGCUGCUGGGCAUCCCGCUGGAGCUGGUGCACAAAGGGUUUGAAGUGGGGAUGGUUUACAUGGCGGGAGUCUUAGCAGGCUCUUUGGCCAGCUCCAUCUUUGAUCCUCACAGCGCUCUGGUGGGAGCUUCUGGGGGCGUCUACGCUCUGAUAGGAGGGUACUUUAUGAACGCAGUGGUGAAUUUCCGAGAGAUGAUUCCUCUCCUUGGAAUAUUUCGAAUCCUGGCCAUUGUGAUAUUUGUUGGAACAGAUUUUGGAUUUGCCUUCUACAGAAGAUUCGUCGCCCACGAGGAUGGUUUGAAUGUGUCCUUUGUGGCUCAUUUUGGAGGAAUUGCAGCCGGGAUGACCAUCGGCUACGUCUUCUUCAGUGCUUACAACAAGAAGCUCCUCAAAGACCCUCGCUUCUGGCUGUGUAUACUGGGUUAUGUCAUCUUUGCGGUCUUUGCUGUGCUUUUUAAUAUUUUCCUGAGCCCAGCACCAUAGGACAAAAAAAAGAACCCACCAAUAUUUUUCUUUUAAAAUGACCACUAUCUGCAGGAAUCUGAUGAACUAAUGUUUUCAGAGAAAAAGUAGCUUUUCAGGGAAUUAGUAAAUGUAGUGCAGAGGGUAUUUGUUGUUGUUUAAAUCAGAUGUCUUCCUCCUGUUGAAGGGGAAUGAGGCCUCCUGCUGUUUAUCAGUAGCAUUGCAGCUUUUACAUUUUAGACUGAUGGGCAAAACGUGCCUUUUAUAAAGUGAGUAAUUUAAAACUGAAUUAAAUAUGUUUACCCUUUUAAUAUUUUGGUAUUAUUAUGAAUGAUCGUUUUUACAUCUCUUUGUAAUUUCUAAUCAGGGAAUUAUUGAACACACUGGUCCUAUAAAAUGUAAUUCUUCCUGUACUACUACUGUUUAAACUCUUAAUGUUAUGCUACCUUUUGAUCACAUUCUGAUGAAUGAUCAGGGACUCAUAUAGACUUUUAGUUGUCAUCCAAUGUGCCUUAAACCUGCUGAAAUCCUCCAUCACAUUUAACAUUGAAUGUGAUGAAGGCUUUGAUGUGUGAGUCUAACUCUUUGUCUUAACUAGAACAAAGAGUUUACAAAGAAGUCUCAAAAUGAUGCAUUUCCGAAAACACAGCGUGACGGCUCCUUCCUUCUAAAAGCAAUAGAGCAGGUUUACCAUCAUGGCUUAAUGCCCUGCUAUUGUUUCAGGCACUUCCUGUUGACAGGACACGGCUGAUUACAUGUUGAGUGUUUAAACAUGAUUUACCAGUCUUAUCCUUCUCUGUCAAUUUUCUUUCUUUUUUUACCUUGGAAAGACAAAAAUGUGGCUUUAAACAUAUGCAGUUUUUGGAAACACCAUCUUAAUACUAUUAGUGGUUUAUGUCUGGUAAAUGUACUUAAUUUAUCUAAAUUCAAAGGUAAUCUAUGACCAAAGAACUAACCAAAACCUCCUACUCCAUUUCAAGAGCUAAGUGUUUAAUGCGUUUUGAAUAAAGUGAUGUUUUUUUCAA